AUGCGGCUGCGGCACGGGCAGCUCCUGACGGCGCUGUGCCUCGGCGCCGCCUUCCCCCUGCUGUGGUUCGUGGCGUGGCAGGACAGCCGAGGAAAUGACUUAGACACGUAUGAAACCCAGUUUCUGGAACUUCGACAAAGACUACUGUAUGCUGAAAAGGAAAAUAGAAGAAGAUCACACGAACUGAGCAGUGCCCUCGAUGAAGUUAAACGUAUAGUUGCAAGACAAGUGAACUUGACAACAAAUCAUACAGAUGAUACGAAGUUGAACGUGUUAAACCUCCCAAGAAAACUCCCCAUGCAUCUCACAAACGUGCACUACUAUCUACCUCACCUUCGAGAAUAUGAAGAUGGAAUUUUCCCAAAUGUUAUUUUUGGGCAGCAGAGAACUGGAGUCUCACUGGUGAUGGGUAUUCCUACUGUGAAAAGGGAAAAGAAAAAUUACCUGAUUAAUACACUGCAUUCCCUGCUGCAUGGACUUUCUGAAGAGCAAAAGGAGGACUGUGUAAUAAUCAUCUUUGUAGCAGAGGUGAAUGCGGAGUAUGUUAACAGUGUUGCAGAAAGUGUUAAAACCAGCUUCCCCAGAGAAAUCCAGUCUGGAGUCCUAGAGGUUAUUUCUCCUCCUGCUUCUUACUAUCCAGAUCUUUCCAACCUGAAAAAAACACUUGGGGAUUCUGAGGACAGAGUAAGGUGGAGAACUAAACAGAAUUUGGAUUAUAGCUUUUUAAUGCUAUAUGCCCAACCUAAGGGAACAUUGUAUUUACAGCUCGAAGAUGAUAUUAUAGCCAAACCUGAUUAUAUUGCAAGUAUAAAAAGCUUUGCUGCUCAACAGUCCCAAGACUGGAUGAUUCUUGAGUUUUCACAGCUUGGGUUUAUUGGAAAAUUGCUUAAAUCAGAAGACUUGCCACUCAUAGUGGAAUUUUUUCUCAUGUUUUAUAAAGAUAAGCCCAUAGACUGGCUUAUAGACCACCUGCUCUGGGUUAAAGUGUGCAAUCCAGAAAAGGAUGCAACUCACUGUGAACAGGAAAAAUCAAAGUUGCGUAUCCGUGCUAAACCAUCUCUCUUUCAGCAUAUGGGAAUUUAUUCAUCAUUGGCUGGGAAGAUACAGAAUCUGAAAGAUAAAGAUUUUGGAAAAAAUGUGCUGCAUAAAGCCCAUAAGAAUCCACUUGCGAAAGUGGAUACAAGCCUAAAAAUAUACCAGCAAUAUACCCUGGAAAAAGUUUACGAAGGACAAGACUGUUUUUGGGCUUCAGCUCCAGUGGCAGGUGACUACAUCAAGUUCACCUUUUUAAAGCCACUUAAAGUUGAAAAGUACUUAUUCAGAAGUGGAAACAUGGAGCACCCUGGUGACAAACUGUUUAACACUACUGUGGAAGUUUUGCCAGCUGAUGAAAUGCAAAGAGAAGAACUGGUUGAUACUGGAAAUAAAUUUAACUACCCAGCAACCAAUGAUGGAUAUUUAAAAAUAGGAGCUUUUGAAAAUGGAAUUGCAGAAGGCAGUAUCAAUCAGUCCAUAGGAAGAAUACAGGCUAUUCGUUUAUCGAUCAGUUCUGAUUCCCCUGUCUGGGCAAUACUUAGUGAGGUACAUAUCAAGACAUCUGAAAACUGAAAAAAAAAC